AUUCAAAGAGACAUUAUUAGUAACAUAGAAUUAUGUCCGUGUUUGGCAAGCAAAGCACUACUCCACUAGACGCCUUUCUCAACCGCCCGCGCCCAUCGGCCUGGCAGCAGUUUCUCAGCCAGCCUUGUGUCUUCCUCGCACGCAAGGUGUAUACUUGGCAACAAAUAACCCCUGCCCAGCCACUCACUAACCCUGUCUCCGUUGUUUGCAUAUCCGACACCCAUAACUCUCAACCGGCUCUUCCAGAUGGCGAUAUCCUCAUUCAUGCUGGAGAUCUGACCCAGUCAGGAUCUCCGAAGGAGUUACAAGCGACAGUGGACUGGCUGCACGCGCAGCCACACCCAAUCAAGAUCGUUAUUGCCGGGAACCACGACCUGUGUCUAGACGCCAGCUUUACCCACGGAUCUGACCAUGCGUCUUUAACGGGUACCUCUAAGCCCCCCGGGGAACCCAUCAACUGGAGAGAUAUAAUAUAUCUCCAGGAUACAGAAACAACAGUCACAUGCAAUAACGGGCGCCGUCUACGUAUUUACGGCAGCCCACACUCGCCUCGUCACGGUAACUGGGCCUUCCAGUAUCCUCGAUCCCAGGAUAUCUGGACAGGCAAGGUACCGGGUGAUCUUGAUAUUCUGGUAACGCACGGUCCACCUCGCGCACAUCUCGACCUGUUAAACCUCGGUUGUGUGCAUCUGUUACGAGAGCUCUGGCGUGUUCGACCGCGGUUGCAUGUAUUCGGGCAUGUCCAUGAAGGCGCGGGAACGGAGUGGCUCCAGUUCAAUGCGUUGCAGGAUGUAUAUGAGCGCACUGUAGUCUCGAAGGGUGGGGCUUGGAAUCUUGUUCAGGUAAUAAAGGCGUUUGUACAGGCAGUCUUCAGCCCUAUUAUUGAAGCAAAAUGUCUUCUUGUGAACCCGGCUAUUGUAGGUGGCCUUCGGGAUGACGAACGUCGACGGCCUGUCAAAGUUAUCAUUUGA